AUGUGGGAGGCUGAAGAACCAGACCCUCAUGCUCUUUUCGAGCAUCAUCGGGAAGGCUUGUCAAAAGAGGGUAUUGGAUGCCCCUUGCAGUAUCAUGAGGGCUUUGUAACCCUCCAGGUGGUCGAGUGGAUCGAUGGUGCCAUCCAAGGUGAGGGAGCUUCAAAAAAUGCAAGGAUUUCUUCUAUAGAGAAGCCAACCCCUCUUGACCAGAGGGGUGUGUGCGUUGCAUUGCAGAGGAUCUACGCUCAUUCCGAGAAUGGUUUGGCUUUUGAGAAGAAUUGUCAGGGGCUCUACGUGGAUCUCUCUGUAUCUCUUUCUCGCCUUUGUUCAGCAUCCCCUCCGGGGCAGCAAGUUUCUCUUUGUUGUUUUGUGCACUCCAUUGACGUCUCUCAUGAUGGCUGAGCUAUAAAAAUUAAUGGCGAGCAUCGCACUCUUUUCCCGGGUUCCAUUCACUAUCCUCGCAGCACUCCUGAGAUGUGGCCCGACUUGAUACAAAAAGCAAAAGGAGGAGGUCUUGAUGCAAUCGAGACUUAUGUUUUCUGGAAUGGCUAUAAGCCUCGGCCACAGGAGUAUAAUUUUGAAGGCAACUAUGACAUUAUCAGAUUCCUUGAGGAAAUUCAAAAUGCUGGAUUAUAUGCCAUCCUGCGAAUCGGUCCUUAUGCUUGUGCUGAAUGGAAUUACUCAGGAGUUCCUGCUUGGUUAAGCAAGAUUCCAGGGAUGCAAUUUAGGUCCAAUAGCCAACCAUGGAAGCUUAGGAUAUGCCAUCAUUUUAUUUACACUUCUUCUGUAGAUAUGGUUAGGAAGGAGAGGCUUCUGGCGCCACAAGGAGGACCUAUCAUCAUGACACAAAUCGAGAAUGAGUAUGGUAAUAUAAUGAAACCUUAUGGUGAUGCUGGAAAGCAAUAUAUUAAUUGGUGUGUAAAUUUUGCGGAAUCUCUCAAAGUUGGUGUACCAUGGAUCAUGUGCCAGCAACAAGAUGCGCCGCAACCGAUGAUCAAUACUUGCAAUGGCUUCUAUUGUGAUGGAUUUAAACGCAACAAUCCAAAUAGUCCAAAGAUGUGGACAGAAAAUUGGACUGGCUGGUUCACAGCUUGGGACAAACCAAACCCACAUAGGCCUGCAGAAGACUUGGCUUUCUCAAUAGCUCGUUUUUUCCAAGUCAAUGGAACAUUCAUAAACUACCACAUGUAUCAUGGAGGAACCAACUUUGGUCACAUGUCCCUAGAGGACCAUACAUCACGCGAUUAUGAUGCUCCUCUUGAUGAAUAUGGAAACCUGAGGCAACCCAAGUGGGGGCACUUGAAGGAACUUCAUGCUGCAAUCAGAAUUAUGGAAAAGGUCCUCACCUACCGCGAUGUCAAGAACACCGAUCUCGGCAAUGGAGUAACGGGAACUAAAUUCUCGGGUAAUGGGAGUGUUCCUGGAUGCUUUUUAAGUAAUGUGAACCAAACUUUUGAUACCAAUGUGGACUAUGAAGGGGCUAAAUAUUUCCUGCCUGCUUGGUCGGUUAGUGUUCUUCCUGAUUGUAAGCAGGAAAUCUAUAACACUGCCAAGAUUACAACCCAGACUUCUGUGAUGAUUAAAAAGCCAAAUAAGGCAGAGGAUCAACCCAAGGAUUUGGUCUGGUCAUGGAGGCCUGAAACCUUGAAGCUCUCUCUAAAGGGCUUGUGGGGUUCCUCCCCAGCUAAUGAGCUCUUAGAACAGAUCAGCACCACUGCUGAUGAGAGUGACUACUUGUGGUACAUGACAAGUGUCGAUAUUAUGUGCAAGCAAACCAUGACUCUUCACGUUAACUUGACAGGCCAGAUCCUCCUUGCCUUUGUAAAUGGACGGCUCGUAGGACGCCAAUAUGCUGCAAAUGGAAAGUUCAGACUUGAUUUCCAAGGCCAAGUUGUGGUUAAACCUGGAAAGAAUCACAUCUCUUUGCUUAGUGCCACUGUUGGCCUAAAGAAUUAUGAUGCAUAUUACGAGAUGAUGCCAGCUGGAAUUGCCGGUGGACCAGUCCAACUGAUUUGAAAUAAUUUCACCCUGGAUCUAUCAAAGAAUGCCUGGUCUUACAAAAUUGGUCUUGAUGGUGAGACAAGGAAUAUCUACCUAAAUAACCCCCAGGAUAAAUGGCGUUCCAGAAUAAUUCCAAUCAAGAGACCUUUCACUCGGUACAAGAAUGCACCUCUUGGCUCUGAUCCUGUUGUCAUCGACUUGCUCGGCAUGGGGAAAGAAGCUGCAUGGGUGAAUGGCAAUAGCAUCGGUCGUUAUUGGCCAACCAACAUUGCUUCGGCCGAUGGCUGCCAUGAAUGUGACUAUAGAGGUGCAUUCAAAGAGAACAAAUACCAAAGCGGUUGCGGCGAGCCCGCUCAAAGAUGGUACCAUGUUCCACGAUCUUUUCUGAAGGAUGGUGAAUCAAACACAUUGAUCUUGUUUGAGGAAGAUGGCGGCAAUCCGAGUCAAGUGAGCUUCCAAACAGUCACUAUUGGUACUGUAUGUGCAACUGCAGACCAAGGGAAGACACUAAGCUUGUCAUGCCAAGGUGGUCAGGCAAUAUCAAAGAUCGACUUUGCGAGCUUCGGAAAUGGCAAAGGCACCUGUGGAGCCUUCAAGAAAGAUGGAUGCGGCUCUACCGAAGCUUACCAUGCAAUUUCAAAGGCAUGUGUUGGGAAAGAGUCAUGCUUGAUCCAAAACACCAAGAAUUUGCUUGGUGAAUGCAAAUUCAGUAACAUUACCUCAAGAAGGCUGUUAGUUCAAGCAACUUGUUGA